AUGGCUAGUCACGGUACAGCGUCAGAAGAUUCCCCUUCACUACCACUACAAUCACAUUCGCGGAAGCGUGGAGCUUCCGCUGCUGGCUUAGGUCCCAAAGGAAGGGCAGCAAGACGAAGAGCGUCGAAAGCUUGCUACUCGUGCCGUACACGCAAAGUUCGCUGCGAUGUGGUUGAACGUGGAGUGCCGUGCACAAAUUGCCGCCUCGAUGGCGUGGAAUGCGUCCUCACCAGCUCUAGAAGAGGCAAAGCGACGACUGCGACUGUGGAAGAACCCAGUCACAUCCAUUCGCCGCAAUCGUUUUCUGACCACGCCGAUGACCUUCCGGUUGGUCUGACCUUUGAAAACAGGUUCAACAGAUCAAGCCAAGCGGAACCCUCGAACCGCUUGAGUGACCCCGGAACCGACUGUGUCAUUUCCGGCGUGAAAGAUACUGAUGCAAGUGUGCCGUAUCAAUCACGAGAUAUUGAAACCCACCAACCGAACGACUUCGGCCAGAUGAGCGAGGCCUCCCGACCAGCAUUAUCAGCACCACUAAUCAAUCCCUUACAAAACGAUGACUGCUUUAUACCGCCCGGACUCCAGCAAGAGCAAGCGUACGGUCUUCCCCACUACGUCCAUCCUCUGCCACCAUGCAUCGACGCCCAUGGAGCUCAAUUCCUCGCCCACAAAGGUGCUCUUACGGUCCCGGACGCCAGUCUCCGGAACGAGCUACUGCGCAGUUACGUCCAGUACGUGCACCCUUUUAUGCCCAUACUGGACCUGAGGCAGUUUCUUACACCGAUCGCACGAAACGACGGCUCCGGCCAGAUCAGUUUAUUGACGCUUCAGGCGGUCAUGUUCGCUGGAAGCACUUUCGUUGAUCUCCGAUUCCUUCAGAAUCACGGAUACAACGAUCGACGGGAGGCACGGAAGGCGUUCUAUACCUGGGCUCGCAUGCUCUACGACUUUGAUUACGAGUCGGACGAUUCAGCGGUUCUGCAAGCCGUGCUCCUUCUGACAUACUGGUAUGAAUCGCCAGAAGAUCGAAAGCACACUUGGUAUUGGAUGGGCAUCAGCGUAUCGGUUGCCUACACCAUGGGCCUCAACCGCCGUCAGGCGCACUCGAAUCGGGAUCACAAGACACAAAGACUCUUCAAGCGGCUAUGGUGGGCAUGCCACAUUCGGGACCGACUGAUAGCAUUAGGCAUGCGCCGCCCCGCGUGGAUCAAACUUGAAGACCAUGAUACUCCUAUGUUGGAAAGAGAUGAUUUUGACACGGAGCCAUUGCCGAACGAACUGUUUACAUUACUUGGUGGCGCUCCAAGCGUCCUGGAUUGUGUCUCCCGGCCUGAUCUCGUCUACACAUGCAUCGAUCUGGCAAAGUUGACCGUCUGUAUCGGCCACAUCUUGGUCACGCAGUACUCUCUCGUGAAUACAAGUGGAGGUGGAACUGCGGGGGGGAGCAUGAUGUUGAGCCCCCAGCGGUCGACACUACAAAUGUCUGAGGCUACCCGAUGUGAGGAGCAGCUUAGGAAGUGGGAGCAAGAGUUGCAUCCUGAAGCUCGGUACACCGUUGUCGGUGCUUACCAUUACGGCGGACCGCCGGUUGACCCGGUCAUCAACGUACACAGGGCGCUACUACAAAUGGUGUACCUGACGACGCUGUCCGCCCUGUACAGACCUCAAGUCUUCCGUCCCAAGCAGCUGCAAAAGGGGCGGCCUUCCAAAUCCGAAAUCUCGGCGAGGCAGACCCUGAGGCACGCGGCAAAUGAGAUCACUGAUAUCAUCUCGGACCUGCAAGCCCAGGAUCAAAUCCGUUUCCUGUCUACUAGUGGUGUCAUGGUCCUGUCUCCCACCGUGAUUACACUUUUGCUGGACGUCAAGUCUCCGGACCACGACAAGCAAAGCGCCAGCAUUGCCCGCUUCUACCGAUGCAUGCAAGUUCUGCACAAAUUGCGCGAAAAUUACGCAUCAGCAGACUCGGCAAUCUCUUUUCUCGAGGCCGCCAUCCAAAAGGCUCACGUGCACAUUCCAUCGGGAAAAGCCGAUUUCCCGCCUUUGUCUCACGAGUCUUCUAACGGUGGCAUUCGAGCAUCGGACAAUCGGACACUCUUGGCCACUGCCGGCUCCUUGAAUGCCAUGUCAGCCACCCAGAAUUGCUUGACUGCGACGCUGGCCACAGUCGACAAGGAUCAUUCACCAGUCUACGGACAGACCGACCAGAUGGAAGGACCUUCGAACGACGCCUUGACCAUGACUCUGCAUGACCCCAUGGGUGGCGUGGCGUCUAUUGGUGAUGACAUGCAAGAGAGCAACCAGUUCUGUUCACUCGGCGAAGGAGAGAACAACUCCGACAAAGAUGACAACUGGUAUUUGGUGGAUGCCUUGUUCAACUUUGAGGGAAACAACAGCCUGCACGGGUUUGACGGCGGCUUCGGCACCGGUUUUGAUAUCUCAUAG